AUGAGAGUGGAAAAUAUGGAAAUUAUACAAACGAUUUUACCUCUUGUGUAUUGUUUGUAGUAAAGCGAUUGAUCUACUUUUGUAAAACAAGCGAUUUUAAAUAUUAAAAGAACAUUAUCGACCAAUAAUGGAAAGAAAUAGUAAACUUUUUUCAGCUUGUGUGCAGUGAAAAGUUUCAUAACAUGAAAGGAUUCAUCCGUUUCAUCCGUCAAGAUUGUUUUGAAAUUCGAAAGGAAUCUGUCAACAUAACAAGCCACAAACGGUCAAGUUUUAUAACUGUUUACUCUCGGGAAGCCUUUGUCGUUUCGAUGGCAAGAAAACAGUGUUGGAAUCUAGCAAAACAUGGCUCAAUCAACGCCAAAAGCGGGCCUCCGAAUGCAACUGCAACCACUGAUGCCAGAGGACAUGCGUUCCGAGCUGAUAGCCGCACUAAAGGUGCAGAACGUGCACAAUGUUCGCGUUGGGAGCGGCCGUCGUUUUAUGUUACCAGGGUCGCACAGCAACAGUCCGGUACGAAGCAUACCAGCGGCACAGAAUAAUGAAACGGAUAAGCGGCAACAGCUGCGCCUGCAAGCCAUACGGGAAAUUCGUACGUCCGAGGAGUCGUAUCUGAGGCAGCUGGAUCUGCUGCUAGAAUACUUUGUAACACCGUUGCGCAACAAUGGAUUUCUCACCGAAAAGGUGCACAAUCAGAUCUUUGGACAGCUCGACACAAUCCACAACCUUAGUCAGGAGCUGCUCAAAAAGUUGGACGAAAAUUUGGACAAUGUGGUAAAAGCGUUCACCGACCUGGGUCCGUUUUUUAAGCUUUAUUCGGUGUACGCCUUUGACUAUCGCAAUUCGCUCUGUACAUUGCAAUCGCUGAUGGACAAAAAUCCCACAUUGAAGCGAUAUAUCGCGAACACGGAAUCACGCCCGGAAGUGCAGAUGAAGUUGAUCUCGUUGCUCAUCACCCCGAUACAGCGCAUUCCCCGGUACAAGCUGUUGCUGCAGCAGGUUCUGCUAUAUACCAGCCCUUCGGAUGUUGCCUACAAACCGCUGCUGGAAUCAAUACGGCUAGUGGAACAAUCCGUAUCGCACAUCAAUGCUCUCGUGGAAGAUUACGAAAACACCCAAAGAUUGAUCACGGUGCAGAACGCACUCACUAACAAGUCGCUGAAAUUGGUGAAACCGGGUCGAAAGAUCCUGAAGGAGGGUUUUCUGCGCAAGCAAAAAACGGAUGGAUCCACCUCGAAGAAGUACUGCAUCCUGAUGUCGGACAUGUUCAUGUACUGUCGUGUGCUGAAGGACGUCGAGGUGCUGCUGACGGAAGGGUCAAGCAUCGCGUGUUGCUGUGUAUUUCCGCUGAAGAAAUGCAAAAUUGUGCAGCUGUUUCGGGGCAAUUUCCGGAUCACGUGUAGCGGUGACGGAACGAUUUUUAGCUCGGACGGUGAACAGGAAAGCCAUGGUUGGUACGUUGCGAUUAAGGAAGCGAUCGAGCUGCACGUUCAGUGCAGGAAAACGUUACGAAAGAUGUCCAGCAAUAGGAAACCGAUGCGCAAAAAGCAUCUGCAGCGUUUGGAACCGGAGGACGAUAUUAUGUGGUUGUUGCGACGCAAGACGACUAGCCCGGAUCGUAUUCAGAAACCGGAUAGGAUGAGAAGAAAGUUGUGGCCUUUUAGGAGCAUAAACUGUUUGGAUUUGAAUCAAUCGGUUGGAGAACCGAGCGGAUUGCAACAGUAUAUUCCAGCGAGAACGAGUGUGGGUCGAUUUCCACAAGCAACAACAAGUGGUGCUCCUGCUGUUGCUGCUGCUAGCUGGGAUGCAGAAAACAGCAUUCGAACAAACAACUCACCGAGUGUAAUACCGGGACCAGACGAUGAAGCAGAUAAGGAAGAACAAACCAAUGCAAGUAGACACGUGCAUUUUCGAUUUCCGUCUAUGCAUUGGCGUUACUAAAGCGCGCGUUUUCGUGUAGUAUAUGAGACAUCAACAUUUCUGUUCUUUCUUGUUUUCUUUUCCUUUGAGCGCACCCAUUUCUUUAAGUAGUAUAGUCAUUAGAAAGUAAUAUUUAUUCAAGAAUCUCGGAAUCUUUUCACUUUAAUAUGUCAAUAAAAUGUUUCUUUUUAAAUUGUAACAAAGGUAUUUGCUU